AUGAAGAAACUCCUUCUCCCUCCUCUGCCUCUCUACCUCCUUCCCCUGUUUCUGCAAAUUGUCACCCUACAUCUUGCCGGACCAAACCCCGACCCACCUCCAUACAUUCCGGUCGAUGCUAUCACCGUUCAAUGCGGCUAUUCCGGCCAGCUGGUCAAUCAGGUUGACGGCCGAAAUUGGACUGGAGACAUAAAUUCAGAAUUUUUACCCGUUGAAGUACACCAAGCUGCAAGUUACACAUCCCUCGUAAGAGAGGCACCUCCGUCGUCCUCCUUUGCCAGCGGAGCUGUGCCGUACAACAGAUCACGGCUGUCUCGCUCUGAAUUUACAUACACAUUUCCACUCACCACCGGCCAAAAGUUCAUUCGUCUGUAUUUCAACCCUGUUUCAUACGGUGUUGACUUCGACCGCUCCAAUGCAGUCUUCUCCGUCAAAGCUGGUAGCUUUACCCUUCUCCACAACUUCAACACUUCUUUCAUUGCCGAUGCUUCUGGGAUGGAGACAAUAUACAGAGAAUUCUGUGUAAGCAUUGAGGAGGGAGAAGAGAGUUUGAACAUCACAUUCAUUCCAAGCCGGGCAAGCCCAGAUGCGCAUGCCUUUAUCAACGGCAUUGAAAUUGUAUCCAUGCCCAGCAAUCUUUACUACACUCCAGCGCACAGCGAUGGGAUUGCCUUUGUUGGCAACCAAAUCAACGUCCGCAUUGAAAACACUACUGUUCUAAAGAUGCUCUACCGAUUGAAUGUCGGGGGAGCCUUACUACUUCCCAAGAAAGAUACUGGCAUGUACCGCAAAUGGGAUAGUUAUGAUGAGGAGAAAAGUUACUUGGGCACUUCAAGUUUAAGUUUGAGCCACGUUCUGCAACAAAAUACUAGUAUAGAACUCAACUUUAACACAAUUGCAAAGUACACUGCGCCAAAAGAAGUUUACCAAACCGGUCGGUCAAUGGGUGAGGACGCCAACAUAAACAAGAGCUUUAAUCUCAUCUGGCAAUUUCCUGUAGAUUCCGAGUUUUCAUACCUGGUUAGGCUUCAUUUUUGUGAGUUUCAGCCUGAAAUCACCAAGGUUAGAGACCGAAUUUUUACCAUCCAAAUUGCCAAUCUAACCGCAGAACAAGGAGCCGACGUAAUUGACUGGAGUGGUGGAAAGGAGAGACCAGUGUACAGAGACUAUUUGGUAUCCAUGUCUACCGCCGCUGGUGGAACCCCGAGCAAAGUUAACCUCUCUGUCGCAUUGCAAGCAAAUCCAAAUGCUGGAAUCUUGAAUGGGAUUGAAAUCUUCAAGCUAAGUGACUCAAAUGGCAAUCUUGCUGGACCCACCGAUUUGACGCCGUCAAGUUCAGUAAAACACAACACCAAGUCCAAUCGUAUACUCGCCAUUGCUGCCGGUGUAGCUUCCGGCCUCCUUGUGCUCUCUGUCCUUUUUGGAUUCCUGAUUUUCAGGCGACGACUGAAAGCCAAGUCCUUUGUCUCCAUCCACGGGCCGACCAAGUCAAUAGAGACUCGCGGGUCAUCUUUACCCCCUUAUUUAUGUCGUUACUUUCCACUGGUUGAGAUCAAAGCCGCCACACAAAACUUCAAUGAUAGUUUCAUCAUUGGAGUUGGCGGGUUUGGGAACGUGUACAAAGGCUAUAUCGACGACGGUGGGGCUACACCUGUAGCUAUCAAACGGCUAAAACCCGAGUCAUCACAGGGUGCCCAUGAGUUCAAGACGGAAAUCGAGCUGCUCUCCCAGCUCCGCCACCGCCAUUUAGUGUCUCUCAUUGGAUAUUGUACAGACGACAAUGAGAUGAUCUUGGUGUACGAUUAUAUGGCACGUGGGACCCUCGCCGACCGUCUGUACCACAAUGGUAACCCGCCUCUUUCUUGGGAGCAACGACUUCAAAUUUGUAUUGGCGCGGCACGAGGGUUGAGCUACCUUCAUACCGGGGCCAAGGGCACCAUCAUCCACCGUGACGUGAAGAGCACGAACAUUUUAUUGGAUGAGAAGUGGGUGGCCAAAGUAUCGGACUUUGGAUUGUCAAAAAUGGGCACCACCGACACGUCCAAGACUCACAUUAGUACAAUGGUGAAAGGUAGUUUCGGAUAUUUGGACCCGGAAUACUACCGACGUCAACGGCUAACUGAGAAGUCGGACGUGUAUUCGUUUGGUGUAGUAUUGUGUGAGGUACUGUGUGCAAGGCCGGCUGUGAUGCAUACGGUGGAGCUGAGACAAAUGAACUUGGCUGAGUGGGUCAGGAGCUGUCAUCGCGACGGGGAACUUGAUCAAAUUAUUGAUCCAAGCAUAAGGGGUAAGAUUGAAAUUCAGUGUCUGAAUCAGUUUGUUGAGAUUGCAAUGAGUUGCAUGAAUGAUAAUGGGAUCGACCGGCCGUCAAUGAAUGAUGUUGUGAGGGCGCUUGAGCUUGCAUUGCAGCUCCACCGCAACUGCAUUGAAAGGAACAAUGAGGUUGCCUUCGUCAAUGACAGUGCCGAUGCCGAACUUAGAAGUGCUACGCCAGGUUGCGCUACAGAUGAAUCCAUCCAAUGUAUAUCUGAGACGAUCUUUUCUGAGAUUAAUGAUCCAAAUGGGAGAUAA